AUGGAAGACAAACUCGAAAAGUUUUUACAACGUUUGGAGGUCGCCACGACGAAGCUCGAAAGCCUUGCUGCUCAAAAGCCUCCACUAGCCCGUAAGCCUGCAAACUUAUCUGACCUUUUACAAAAUAUCCGACAGGCUACAGGCCCGUCAACUCCAGCCUGUCUGGUUCGAGGCGUUUUGGAAGUAUACGGAAGUGUCGGUCCCCAAGUGGACAACUAUCAGGAACACAGUGCAUUCUCUUCUAGAGCAGCUUCCCCACAAAGAAAUGUCUACCAACCAAGUAUGGGCAACUUUCUUAGUAGCUAUCAGAAUGUGGAUGCCUCAAAAAAUAUCACAGGAGAGGAGUUCCUUGAGAAGCUACGCCGUCAGAAGGAAGAAAUAGAACGAACUCUAUCAAAUCCCAUAGAGACUACUACUCUUGUUCAUUCGCCUCCUCCAUUUCAACGCGAAGAACCUCUAAGUAGAUCAGCACAUGAAGAUUUUGGAAGGAGAGAAGUUCCUAUCAACCGUACCGUCUCUUCAAGUUCCAUACCAACACCGCUGUUCAAAACAAAAUCCGAAUCAGUACUUGACUACAGUCGGUCAAUUCCUAUCGGGCCGCCAGUUAGAGACGAUAAGUUUUCUAGAUUCACUUUUAAUCCUACUUAUGAUGAGUAUCAUCAGCAGCAAUCUAAUUUUAAUCGGCUCAGUAUGCCGCCGUUUAGGCAAAUGGAUGAUCGCACAUCUCUUGCCGAUCGCAAUUGGAUGACUAAUCCUCCUCCACCCAUAAAUAUGGAUCCCAGACCUCAACGACCCGACUAUAACGGAAACUUUGGAGGAAGUUUUCCUUUUAACUUGGGUGAUACCUUCAAAACUGGACAAACGAUUGUUCCCAUCAAACUUGACGAUGAUCGUAUUCUCAAAAUAUUCGCUCCUCAACCAACAACUGACGAAUCCAAAGUAACUUCUCCCCUGAAUGUUCGGACUACACAAAGCAGCGUUCGAUCGCCUCCUCAGUCUGGAUAUUCUUCUAAUGAUAGUUACAAGCGUUUUUCAUCAGAGAGUGUUCCCACUUCGCCACUGUACCCACCCGAAAAGUCUGAUGAACCCCGGGAUAGGUAUGCUGGUUUUUUCAACCAAAGUGCUCAUAUUCAGUCGGAAGAUCCUUCAUUGAGCAGACUUUCCCGAGUCCACAGUGUCAGUGAUUUCAAUCGUGAUAGAUUUUUGAACCCUGAAUAUGGAGAAGUUGGCUACUCUGAUUCAUCAUACAUCGUAUCAAAUAAUACUCCUAUUAACUCGUACAAAACGCAAGUGUCAGUCGGAAACACACGAGAAGAUGAUACAAAAAAAAGAGAUUCUUUUUACGGCCCUGUAUCUUCAAAGGUUUUCCCAGGCCAUAAUCGCAUUAAUGGUUUUAUCAAUGAAUCAACUCCUGUAUCAGCUGGAAGUUUCAAACCUGUCGACUGUGUAGGUGCUCCCCCGAUUCAAAAGAGAGAAAGAUCUUUCGUUGUUGUUUCUCGCCCGAACUCUCCUUCCGUCACUUUAGAAACAACAGGUGAACCUCCCACGAAUCACUCUGCUAUAAGAAAGCGCGAGUUUUCUCCUAUACGAUACGAACGAAACAAUAUUACCUCGCCUAUUCACGAUAUAAGCAAUCAACGAUAUUCGAACUUUAGCCCAACAAACUCAGUGCCAACGCCACGAAGUUUGGGUUCCCCUAUUUCAAAUUACGAUAAUGAUUCCGAAACGGAGAAUAACAAUCUGAAAUGGAACUCUCGAAAUGGAAACAUAGUGCCCUAUCGAGCUAUACAGCCUGUUCCUAUCUCUCAGCCUCCCGGAAUUCUAGUCAAAAACCAUGAUGCUUCUCGUCCUCCAAAACGCGUUGUUUUUCAAUGUGAUUCUGAUAUUAUGGAACGUUUGAGAAGCGAAUAUGGUCUUCCUUCUGCUGGAACAUCUGAAACCCCUGCACAUAUCAGAAGCUUCGAAGAUGCCAUGGAUGAUACUCUUUCCAACUUCGGUAAAGUCUCCCAAGAAAUUGGCGGAGAGGUGGCUGUUAUGAGCACAAAGGUUUUUGCUAUUUUCGACGAGUUGAAGACGUUUUUGUGGACUGCUGCUGGCAAAGCUGAACCAGCUAAUGAUGAAAAAGAGAAGCUCCUUGCUCCCAUGAUGAAAACAUUAGGAGAAAUCAACUCUUUGAAAGAUGCUGCUCGUAAUUCUCCUCUUCACAACAACUUGUGUGCAGUAGCGGAAGGAGUUCCAGCAGUUGGAUUUGUUACAGUUCCAAAAACUCCUGCCCCACAUAUUCAAGCCACACUGGAAGCUUCUAUGUAUUAUCUGAAUAGAAUUCUCAAAACAUUCAAGGAUUCCAAUCCAAAGCAAAUAGAGUGGGUGAAGAGCUUCAAGCAAGUGUUGGAAUCUUUAUACCAGUUUGUUCGCCAAACACAUACUACUGGACUUGUGUGGAAUAGCGCUCCCGGAUCUGCUCCAAGUGGUUCUGCUCUUCCAAAGACAGCACCUCCUCCACCUCCAGCUGGUGGACCUCCACCUCCUCCACCUCCACCUGCAAAUCUAAUGGCAGGAAUUACUUCCAAAGCUUCUGAUGAUAAGGCUGGAAGAGAUGCUCUGUUCGCCGAACUCAACAAAGGAGAAGCAAUCACAUCUAAACUGAAGAAAGUGACAUCUGAUAUGCAGACUCAUAAGAACCCUAACCUCAGAGCAACAUCAACUGUUACCGGUACGCCAGGAGCUUCUCCUGCAAAGUCAGCCUCUCCAGCUGCUAAACCUGUUGUGAGACCUCCUAAGAUUGAGCUUCAAGAUUGUAAGCAAUGGAAUAUCGAGUAUCAAGUAAAUAACAGGGAUAUUGUUAUCAAUAUUGAAGAUAAAAAACAGACGAUGUAUGUGUACAAAUGCGAAAACUGUGUUAUUCAAGUCAAGGGUAAAUUGAAUUCCAUCACCUUAGACGGUUGCAAGAAGACUUCUAUUGUCUUCGACGCCCUCGUUGCCCAGUGUGAAACAAUCAACUGUCAAAGCGUCCAAAUCCAAACUUUGGGCGAAAUGCCUACACUUUCUAUCCAGAAAACUGAUGGAUGUCAAGUGUACCUUAGUGAAGCUUCUCUAGGUGCUGAAAUUGUGACCAGCAAAUCCAGCGAAAUGAAUAUCCUCAUCCCAGCUGCUGAUGGCGAAUUUAGUGAAAUGGCUGUUCCCGAACAAUUCAAAACUGUAAUUCAAAAAGGAAAACUGGUGACUGUAGCAUCUGAUAUUAUUUAA